UCCGCGGACGGCGGCAUGACGGAGCUUGACGGCGCCGGCAGGGAUCUGGGCCGUUGCAGUGCCGAUCGGACGGGCGCUGCCCGCAUGCUCUCUCUGCUCUUGUUGUUAUUGUGUUUGUCGCUCGCCCACGGAAGAGGCGGAGAGGCGAGAGGAGGAAGAAAAGAGAGGCGCGACAUGGCCGCCGUGUGGAGAAUUGGUUCCACAUUUCUUGGGUGGUUCUUCCUUAGAUAGAUAGGCACUACUAGAGCUAGGCCGUGGCCGCGCGAGCUAGCUAGCAAGGCAAAGGGGGAAACUGGACAGAGAUAUGGCGACGGAGAGCCCUGUCAGGGUGCUGGCAGGGGGGCUGGGCGGGGACGGCGGCGGCAUUAGGGCUCCAUCCUCGAGUAGCAGCCGCGAGUGCGAGGAGCUCAAUCUGCUGCUCCGGGAGCGAUCGUCGGCGUCGCGGCUGGGGAAUGCGCGGGGCGAGGUCCAGCUCCACCGCAGCGAGAGCGCCCCGCCCACCGUGGAGGGAUCGCUGGGCGGCCUGCUGAGCCAAUUGGGCCGGCUGGAGCUCCACGCUCACGCCCAGGAUGGCGAUCAGCUGCUGGAUGUGGUGGAGGCGGAGCAGGAGCUCAGGUCAGACCCUGCUUAUCUUGCUUACUAUCACUCGCAUGUCAAUCUGAAUCCCCGUCUCCCACCGCCAGUAAAGUCGUGGGAGAAUUGGCGCCUCGCCCAGCGCCUCAACCUUCGAAGCAAGCUUGUGUUUGACGACUCGAGCAGCUCCUCGCUCUUCUCCGCCAAUCCGCACCCGCUGCAUUCUUCGCUCCCCACGCACAGGGAAGACGACGAUCUGCUGGACGAGGGAGAGGUCUCCUCGUCCUCCUUGGGACAGCAACACCACCAUGUCAUCCGCCACCUCCCCGCCACCACCACCACCGCCGCCGCCACCUUCACCGAUGCCGAUGGACUCCCGGGCUUUGACAUGGGACUUGGACGGCCCAAGAGCCUCGUCGAUCUCAUCCAGGAGGACUUCCCGAGGACGCCCUCUCCUGUUUACAACUUGUCCCGGCCCUCGAGCCGGGCAGCAAACGAUGACGCGGGGGAUGCCUCCCUGGACCUGCAACUCUUGCGUGAGCUUGGCUCUGGCAUCGGCUCCCGCUCCGCCACCCCAAUGCAGGUGCCCGUUCACGACGUUUAUGCUUCUCCCUCCACCACCACCCUCAACCGGACACCUCCACCGGAUGCAAGCGUGACAGUGGGAGAGGCAGCCGAGUCUAGUACCUCGUCGGAGCUUGCAGCUGCUCUUGCGGGAUGCGUAACCAUGAAAUCCGACAACGCGGACGUUGUCGAGGAGGAGCAGCAUCUGGAAUUUCCCGAGCAGCAAUUACGUGUGAAACAGCAGCACCAGCAGCCGCAAGCGCAGCAUCAUGGAUCGCAGGCAUAUUCGCAGCAACAGCACCACCAAGCAUACGGCAACGUCAAGUUUGGUGCCAUUCCUCCUGGUGCCAAUCAGCAGCAACAGCCAGGAGGAGGAGCUGCUGCAACGUCCAACAUGUAUGCGGCGGCCGCCGCUGCCGCCGCCAUGUCCUACAUCGCCGCGGGGAAUCCAUACUAUCACAACCUUCACUCGGCAUCAGUCUAUGCACCAUACUACGGCCUCGGUGGCUACCCGCUCAAUGGUGCUAUGUUGCCACCUCCAUUGCUACCGGGAUAUCCCGCCCCUCCGGUGGCGUUUGAGUCCGCAGUGGCCGCCGCCCGAGGAGGUGUCCCCGACUUACACCAGUUUUACAAGCUUGCAGCGGCGGGACAGGCUCCCUCAUCGACCACUGCGCUUCACGACGCUCUCUAUCUACAAUACCUCCGUGCGUCCGAGGACGCUCGCGCCGCAGCGGCACUGUCAGCGGACAUGCGGAGCUAUGCUGCUCACUCGGACGCACUCGUGGACCAGCUGAGCGGGCUGGGUGGUUUAUCCAAGCCUCAGUUCUCGAGGACCAUGUCCAUCCCGAACAAGAGUGUUCCGCCGGCCACUUCUUUUUACGGCAGUCCUCCUGGGCUGGGAUUCGGCGUGCCAUUUCCCAACUCUCCAUUGGCAAGUCCUGGACUUCCCAGCUCGCCGGUUGGCGCAACUUCUCGGAUCGUCAACGAUCGAAACUUGCGCUUGUCUCCGAGCACCGGAAGAGCUGCUGCCGCUUAUACUGCUGCGGGGUGGCCAUCGGCGGGAGGCAGCGAUCCUGCUGACGAGUCACGUGGGUCUUUCCUGCUCGAGGAGUUCAAAAACAGCAAAAACAGAAGAUUUGAGCUCUCUGACAUUGCUGGUCACGUGGUGGAGUUCAGUGCUGACCAGCAUGGAAGCCGCUUUAUCCAGCAGAAGCUAGAGACUGCCACCGCCGAGGACAAAGCUAUGGUUUUUCAGGAGGUCUUCCCCCAAGCCGUGGCGCUAAUGACGGAUGUCUUUGGAAACUACGUUAUUCAGAAGUUUUUUGAGCAUGGAACGGCACAGCAAAGAAAGGAGCUUGCCCAGCAGUUACCCAGCCGUGUACUGACGUUGAGCUUGCAAAUGUACGGCUGCCGUGUCAUUCAGAAGGCACUCGAAGUUGUGGACGUGGAUCAGCAAACACAACUGGUUUCCGAGCUGGAUGGUCACGUGAUGCGGUGCGUCCGUGAUCAAAAUGGAAACCACGUCAUUCAAAAGUGUAUAGAAUGUGUUCCUCCCGAUCGCAUCCAAUUUAUAAUCUGUGCGUUUUAUGGUCAAGUAUUGGCUCUCUCAACACAUCCGUAUGGAUGCCGGGUUAUACAGAGAGUUCUUGAGCAUUGUACAGACGAACAGAAACAGCAAGGAAUAAUGCAAGAGAUACUGCGAUCAACUUGCAGUCUUGCUCAGGACCAGUAUGGGAACUAUGUUGUGCAGCAUGUGUUGGAGCAUGGAACCCAGCCGGAGAGAAGCGAAAUCAUCACUAAGCUAGCAGGACAAAUUGUACAAAUGAGCCAGCAUAAAUUUGCAUCAAAUGUCAUCGAGAAGUGUCUUCAGUUUGGGGGCCCGGCAGAAAGACAAAUUCUGAUCAACGAGAUGCUGGGAUCAACGGACGAGAACGAGGCCUUGCAGGCUAUGAUGAAGGACCAAUUUGCCAACUACGUGGUGCAGAAAGUACUGGAGAUUUGUGACGACCGCCAGAGGGAAAUUCUUUUGACUCGUAUCAAAGUUCAUUUACACGCGCUUAAGAAGUAUACGUAUGGGAAGCACAUUGUGGCGAGAGUAGAGAAGCUCGUGGCCGCGGGAGAGAGGCGGAGUGCCGCAGCCGCUCAUAUGUCGCCCCCUAUGUAAACGGCUGCAGCCACAACUAAGCACAAGUAAGUAUAAGGUGUAAAUUUGCAAAGAAGAGACUGGUAAAUAUUUAGUAUUUCCAAGUGUACAAAGCUUUUUAAAAUCCAAGCAGGGUUGGAUUUUGUUUGACAAGCAUAAAAUCAUCUAUUAUAUGA